UUUCAAUACUGUUGUGCAAGUAUGUUUAAUUAAGCCGACAAACAGCCGACAAAAAUAGACAUUACGCGAUAGUUUUUUUCGGACUUUCUCAUUUACUUCUUUUGGAAUUUUAUGAAAACCAGCCGUAAGAAUAGACUUUCUCGUCGGUACUAUGGCGGCAAAAAGUGAAACAAUAUUUUCAAAUGAAUUAUCUGAAGAUGAGUACACAGAAGAUGACGUAGGCUUUAACAUGUUUACGAUAGAGUCCGACAGCGAAGACGAUACAAAAGUUGAGCCUUCAAGGGGAAAUGAACCAGGAAGUGAAUUACAAACAGAAACAAUUUUUCACAAUUGCAUUGGAUUUAAAUCGAAAGUGCCAGUUGGCAUUGAUCAGGGCUCUGCGAGUGAUACUAAAGAAGUAACAUGCGAAACUUUACCGGAACAAGUAAAAGUGGACGAAAAUCAUAGCCUAAAUGAUGAAGACACUAGCAAUAAUGAUAUAGAGGAAAAUACACAUCAUAUCGGCUAUACAGACUUUGGUGAUAAACAGAAACUCGAAGCAGUACAUGUUCUAUGUGAUAAAAACGAAGAUCAAAUGGGUGGUUCUCUGGCACCAGAAACACAACAGCAGUCAGGGGUCACACAACAGGAGAAGGAGGAAGACUUUUGUUGUAUCUGCCGUGACGAGCACAAUGACCCGAAAGUGCUGCCCAAAUGUUCGCACUCGUUCUGUACCGACUGCAUAGACGAGUAUUUUAAGAUCAAGCCGCAGUGUCCGAUGUGCUUCACCGCCUAUGGGGUGAUCACCGGCAACAUGCCGCAGGGCGACAUGUCCGACUAUGUCUCUACGAAGGUGAAGCUUUCCGGGUACGAAUCGAUUGGCACGAUUGUCAUACAUUACAGCUUCGCCGACGGCACGCAAACGGAGGAGCAUCCCCACCCGGGCAAGCAUUACUACGGCACGAGUCGCACGGCGUAUCUCCCGGACAACGAGGAGGGCCGGAAGGUGCUCAGGCUGUUAAAAGCGUCUUUCAAGCGGCGUCUUACUUUUACGGUCGGCCACUCGCGGACCACGGGCAUGGACGACUGUGUAACGUGGAAUGACAUCCACCACAAGACGUGUCCUUGCGGAGGCCAGCAGAAUUUCGGUUACCCUGACGACACGUACCUGCAGCGCGUACAGGAAGAGCUCGCGGCCAAGGGCGUCACCGAGGAGAGCCUUAAGGAGUUUCCAGACCACGUAUGACGUCAUACACACGAGGGUCGGCGGUGGGAGAUUUUUAUUGGGCGUUUGCGCGACAUUCAGUGUUAUACAUGCUAGUUUGGAUAUUUGUGUAACCAGUGAUAUUGGAAUGGCAACGGAUAUUAUUGGAGUGUAUGUGUCAGGGGAAAGCUGAUUAUCGGGAAACAAAAGUUGUGAUUUUAAUCCUGUUCCCGAUUGAAAAAAGUGACUUAAACAGGCCGUUAAUGCUAUCGGACUCAAAUUGUUAAGUUUCCUACAACUGGAACGAAAUUUGCUCUUUAAAAAUGUGUAUAAACACAAUACUGGCGCGAUUUUAAUUUCAAAUUCUUGUUUGUGCUUAAUACCGGUAGACCAAGCUUUCGUGGUCUCGUUAGUGAGCUGGUCUGGAACAACGCUGGCCACAUGUGGCAUUAGAGCCGUUUCCGCAUGACGCGGGUCACUGGAAGUUGCCACUUGGCUGUUAGAUGUACUGGUUCGUUGCUGCUUUUGAAAGCUUUGGGGGAAAUGUUUUCGUGAAAUAUUGCAAGGAAAACUGGCCUUUAUGGAGUGAUGUAUGUGAUAUUUAAGAAGACGGGCCUUUGGCAGUAUUUUAUCAUGUUGUUUUAUCUAUAACGUAUGUUUUCUAAAUUGAUGAUUUUUUACGUAGUUACAUUAUCGUAUGCAUUGUAUCUAUUUAUAACAUUGUUUCGUUUGACAUUUGUUGACCUUGUUUGUAAGAAUUGCUUACGAAAUGCUUAGGUGUUGAUAGUAGAAAUGGUCAGAUCAAUUGACAGCUGUGAUUUUGUUUGUGAUUUUAAAUGUGAGUGUAACUGUAUGUAUCCAGUUGGGUCAUGCCUUUUACUGAUUGCGUGUUUUUUCAUAUUUCAUUUAAAUGACGUUAUAAAUACUGUAGUCCUUUAUAAAUUAUAAAAUUAAAAAUCAAAUUAAAAUAAUGAAAUGUUAAGUAUAUUGAAUCAUGAAAUAUUUUAUAUCAAUGUUGGCAGUGCUAGCCAGCCAUGCAAAUGGCAUACGAGUCACGAAUCAGAAAUAGUUUAAACCUAUUUAUUUUAGCUUGAUUGCAUAGAAAGCCUAAGGCUUAUUUGAAACGCUCUCGAGUCUAGAACCAGUACUUGGUGCCUAUGGGGAAGAUCUUAAGAACGCUGCCACAGUGGGGAUCGAACCCGUGACCUCCCGGCCGCCAAGCAGACACGAUAUCCACUACGCCACGACGAUCUGCAGCCGUCUAAUGCCUGUGUACGCGUAUAUAGUAAAAUAAUCAUGUAUUUUAUAUAGGAUUUAGCAUUUAUGAAUGUCAUGUACUAUUUUGUAUAAUAACCAUGAUAAAGGAAAAUUAUGGAAUUUUACAUUAUAUAAAACUA